AUGACUGAGCACCACGACAACGAAGGCCUUGAGGUGGAUCUCGACGCCCAGAGAGCAGCCAAAGCCCAGAGGUAUCAACAGAAUGUUCCAUUCGGCUUGAAUAUUUGGGCAUUUACGGCUCUCAUCGCGCUCAUCGCGGCUGCCAUUGUUGGGGGAGCUGUAGGAGGAGGACUCGGCACAGCGUUGGCCAAUGCAAAGUCUGAUCUGAAUUCAUGUACUAGGGAGAGGUCUGCACCGGCUGAAUGUCCGACUAUGGACAACACAGCAAGUGAGGCCUUACAAACGCCGUAUAUACCGAGGCCAGCCUCGGACGUCCCCGAGGUUGCGCUUAAUUGCUCUAGGAAUAAGAGUGACGGAACAAGCUUCAUGAUUAAGAUGGGAUACAGCUUCAAGUGGUACUGUGGUGUAGGUGCUACUUCUGGUUCUGAGGCCAGUGAGGGCGGCGUUAUCGGCGAUUUUGUCCGCAUCGUUGCAUAUUCUAUUGAGGACUGCCUCACAGCCUGUGCAACGAUGAUCGAGAAUGAUGUUCAACAAGGUACGGGAACAGAAUGCAAAAGUGUUGUUUUCAAUAAGAAUAUGUCGAAGGAGUGGGAAAGCCGUAGCGCAAACUGUUGGUUGAAGAACGGGACCAAACCUAGAGGGAGUGAUUGGGGGUUCGUAGAUGACUGGUAUGCUUACGCCGAAAGGGACAACUAA